AUGGUGAAGCGGUCUGAAACAGAAGACAACUUGGAGAAGAUCUCCAAUCGGGCAGAGAAUCCCAGAAUGCCUUUGUCCUCAGAUUUUUAUAACUCCGACCUAUCAAGCCUGCCUUCCAGUACUGAGGUUACUGGCCUUGCUGAAGAGAAGGUGCAUCUUGACGAGAUUAGACAGCUUGAUGAAUCCAAAGAGGCAAGUGAUUUGAGACGAAGGAAAGUCGAACCAAGAAAAGUAGUUUCCGAUGACAAAUUGCGGUCCUUGGACCAUAAGCAGAUAGAGAGCAUCUUCCUGACGCUCAACUCAGUAUAUCACCAGCGAUUGGAAAGAAAUAAGAGGAAGGGUAACAUUUUCAAGUCUAGCUUCGCAGAUCUAAGCGCCGACUCUACUCAGUAUACCAUUUUAGAUUCCCCGCAAGUCAAGGAUUCUCAGUUCUACGGCUUCUUUAUCCUAUUCUGGCUCGCCACUGCUUUUUUCAUCUUGAAGGAUGCCCUUCAUGCAAUCCUCGAGGAUGGUCUUUUUAUCUACAAAGCUCCAGUGUUCAAGAUUUUUGUUGCUGGUCUUCCUAAGAUUGCUUUCACCGAUGCACUCAUGUAUUUGAGCAUCUUCUUUGCUUACUUUGUCCAAAACUUGUGUCUAAAUGGACAUAUUACUUGGACGGGUGCAGGCUGGAUUAUUAUGUCUGUUUAUGAACUUGGCUUUUUCAUCUUCUGGAUUGGCUACCUCUUAUUUUUUGACUUCCAGUGGAUUGGAAGAGUCUUUCUUGUGCUUCAUAUGUUCGUGCUUCUCAUGAAGAUGCACUCUUACGCAUUCUACAAUGGAUACCUCUGGCAAAUUUUGUUGGAAUUACAGUUUUCUGAGCAGUACUUGACGAGGUUGAACAAUAAAGAAUGCAAGAUUCCUGAUAAAUUCGAGGAGGAUAAAUUAAGAAAACUUCUCGCCGAGAGCAUUGCAUUCUGUCGUUUUGAGUUACUUCAUCAGUCUGUUGCAAUUGGAAAGGAAGAUGAGGUAGACCCUCAGACAUUGAAACGGAGCUUGCACAAAUUACAGGCUGACGAGCUGAUCAAGUUCCCUCAAAACAUCACUUUCAAAAACUUCUUCACUUUUACCAUGUUUCCGACUGUUGUGUAUGAGCUUGUGUUUCCAAGAACUCAGCGCAUUCGUAAAAGCUUCUUGUUGGAAAAAGUCAUUGCGAUUUUUGGGAUAAUCUCCAUCAUGCUUUUCGUCGCCGAGUAUGCCAUAUACCCUCUUGUAAUGAGAUCAAUUGAGUUACGCAGCAAUAAUCUCAAUUCCAUUGAUUAUACUGCUGCUUACGUGCUUUUUGUUGUGGACAUGAUCCCACCUUUCAUGGUUGAGUAUCUUUUAGUAUUCUACUUGAUUUGGGAUGCAAUAUUAAAUGCAAUUGGUGAGCUUAGCUACUACGGCGAUCGUGAUUUUUACGGACCUUGGUGGUCAUGUGUGGACUGGUUCGAGUACGCCAGAUUAUGGAACAAGCCUGUCCAUCGCUUCUUGCUUAGACAUGUCUAUCACUCGUCCAUUAGUGCUUUCAGGUUGAAUAAGUCACAGGCAAAUUUAGUCACUUUCGUUAUAUCCAGCUUCAUCCAUGAGUUGGUUAUGUAUGCGAUUUUUCAACGAUUAAGAGGUUAUUUGUGGCUAUUCCAAAUGAGUCAGAUUCCGUUGGUAAUGAUUAGCAGAACCAACUAUUUGAGGGAUAAGAAGGUACUCGGAAAUGCUAUAUGCUGGAUUGGUUUUACUUCUGGACCAGCCAUAAUAUGUACACUAUACUUGAUAUUCUAG